AUGGAUUUGCUACAUUCUCACACCUCCCACUUAGUUCUCUUGUUCUCUACCCAGAUCACCUAUGGCCCAUUUGACCCAAUUCUGCAUGACAAGGUACAGUUUCCAUCUCUCUAUCAGGUGGCCCCCAGGUUCUCCUCUCUGCCCUGGGGGAUGGUCCGGUUAAUGGUGCAUUUCGGCUGGACCUGGGUGGGGUUGGUGGUAUCAGAUGAUAUGAAAGGAGAGAGAUUCCCUUUGCAUCUGACCAGGGAGAUGGCCAGGAACAGUGUCUGUUCAGCUUUUACCAAGAAGAUGCCUAGUGGAAAGUUCAACCUUUAUAUAGCCCAGGGAAUCUACUCCAGUGUCACGGCUACAUCAGCUGCAGUGAUGGCUGCCUAUGGGGAUGCAGAGUCCCUGAACCUUCUGAGAUUUGUGAUACAGAGUUUUGGACUGUCCAAGAUGGUUUUGAUCACCACCUUUCACUGGGACUUCACUUUGAGCAUGACCUAUGAAACAAAUAGCUAUUAUUUUCAUGGGACUUUGACUCUGGCGAACCAUGCUAAAGACGUUCCUGGUUUCAGGGAUUUUUUGCAGACACUUAAACCAGCAAAAUAUCCAGAAGUCAUUAUCUUGAAGGAAUUCUGGGAAUCUGCCUUUGCCUGUUCCUUAUCACUGCCUGAAAAGAGUGGAAUAAAAUGCUCAGAAAAUGCUUCCUUGGAGAUGCUGCCUGUGCACCGUUUUUCUCUGACAAUGUCUGCCCUGAGUUACAGUGUGUACAACGCUGUGUAUGCCGUGGCCCAUGGGCUCCAGGACUUGCUCCUAUCCAACUCAAACCUGGAAUCUCUGGAAAAUGGGCACUCCCUGGUGCCUCGUCCUUGGCAGGACUGGGUUCAGAGACUGAAACCUAGAAGUCCAUACACUGAAAUAAAAUUGCAGCUCCAUGAGUUUCUGAGCAAAGUCCAGUUUGACAACCCUGUGGGGGAACCAGUGUUUCUGGAUGAGAACCACAGGUCUACUGCAAGAUUUGAGAUUCUGAACUUUGUGAUGUCUCCCAGUGGAACUUGUGAGUUGGUGAAAGUCGGGGAGAUGGACCCCCAGGCCCCCCCUGACCAAGAUGUUUUCAUCAAUGAAGCAAUAAUCAUGUGGCCCGGGGGAUCCUCUCAGGCUCCACGUUCACGGUGCAGCAGGAGCUGUGGACCCAGAUUCAGAAAACGCGCCCAGCAAGGGGAGGCCAUCUGCUGCUAUUUUUGUGUCCGGUGCCCAGAGGGGGAGAUUUCCAACCAGACAGAUGCAGAGCAGUGUGUGAAGUGUGGUGAAGAUCAGUAUUCAAACAUGGAGAGAGAUGGCUGCCUCCACAAAGUGGUGACUUUCCUGUCCCACAAGGAACCUUUGGGACUGAUCCUGGUCUGCACAUCUCUCUCCUUCUCUCUCCUCACAGCCCUGGUUUUCGGGAUCUUCAUUAAGCACCGAGAUACCCCCAUAGUCCGAGCCAAUAACCGCAAUCUCAGCUACACCCUCCUCCUCUCCCUCAUGCUCUGCUUUCUCUGUGCUCUGACCUUCAUCGGCCAACCCACUCCGGCCUCCUGCCUCCUUCGACAAAUGGCCUUUGGGGUCGUGUUCACCGUCGCUGUCUCCUCCAUCUUGGCCAAAACCUUGACCGUGGUUCUGGCCUUCAGGGCCACGAGCUUGGGGAGCAGGGUCAGGAGGUGGGUGGGGCCCAGAGCCUCAACCUCAACAGUCCUGUCCUGUUCCCUGGUCCAAGUGACCAUCUGCAUGAUCUGGUUGGGCACUGCUCCCCCCUUCCUGGAGGUGGAUGUGCACUCUGAGCCCAGACUCAUCAUUGUUGAGUGUAACGAGGGCUCCGUGACUGCCUUCUACUGCCUUCUGGGCUACCUGGGCGUUCUGGCUCUGGUGAGCUUCACUGUGGCUUUCCUGGCCAGGAGGCUGCCCGACAGCUUCAACGAGGCCAAGUUCAUCACGUUUGGCAUGCUGGUGUUCUGCAGUGUCUGGGCCUCCUUCCUCCCCGCAUACCAGAGCACCAAGGGGAAAGCCACGGUGGCCAUGGAGAUCUUCUCCAUCUUGGCCUCUGGUGCCGGACUUCUCAGCUGCAUCUUCAUCCCCAAGUGCUACGUGAUCCUGCUGCGGCCUGACAGGAACACCCGGGAGUGGUUGAAGAGGAAAUGAACCCCGGUACCUCAGUUCAAGGCUGUUGUUUUUAACAUCCAACAUUUUUCUCAACCUCGAUUUUAUUACAGUGGCAGGACAAAAGGAGAGGGAAAUCCUGUCGGGGACAUCCAGGAGGGAUUUCGUGGCCAACCUGAAUCACAAGUCAGGACUGGAUGCUCCAUUGAUCACUGGGGAGUUUGUUCCCUGACCUUCUGGGCUCUUCCCUCCCCCAGGCUGAAUUCCUACAGAGAUGACUGACAUCACCUGCCUGGUUGUCCUGGAGACCACUCCAGAUUGGGACCAAAUGAUCCCAAGUGCAGUGGAAAGGCUGCUCUGGACACACAACUCCAAGGGUUUUGGACAACUGUCCUUGCACACCAGGUUCUGGUGGAUAUGGUGGAAAAAAUCACAGAAGCUCCUGGACUGCCAGAUGUUUGGAGCCAGGGGGUGUGUGGGUCGGAUGGCGGGGAAGACACUCCCUAACUCCCUUCUGUUGGAAAUGCUAUCCAACCUUGGCUUCACUGAUUCUGUCCUCUCCUGGUUCUCCUCUUAU